AUCCAAUAACAGAACUGGACCUAACCGCAUUACCAAACGACAAGCAAAAAGCCAUUGUGGACUGGUGCGCUUGCGCGUGUGUGCCAUAAGCAUUGGGCCGCGUAAUCUAAAACAAGAGGAGAGGGAAGCGAACGAACCAUAAAGAAAGGGAAACCAACCAAAUGGCAGAGCGACUGUCACUGACACAAUUACACCAAUCGUCAAUAGACAGCAUGGCUUCUUCAUUGAGGAGCGCCGCCACUUCCCGCCUCCUCGCAUCCCGUUCCGCCGCCACCACCACUAAGCUUCCUUUCUCCUCCGCUUCGUCUCUCUCAUUCUCUUUCUCGACUUCAUCUCUCAACCUCAGAGCUUCUCCUCUCAUUCACCAGAAGAGAUGGUCGGUGAAUGUGACGAACCGAGGGUUUAGCACAUCAGCAUCGCCGAAAUGUGCGGCUUCGGAUCCUGAUCAGUUGAAGAGUGCGAAAGAAGACAUCAAGGAGCUUCUGAAAACCAAGUUUUGCCAUCCUAUUUUGGUUCGCCUUGGGUGGCAUGAUGCGGGUACUUAUAACAAGAACAUUGAGGAGUGGCCACAAAGGGGUGGAGCUAAUGGAAGUCUUAGAUUUGAAGCUGAGCUUAAACAUGCAGCUAAUGCUGGUCUUGGGAACGCAUUGCAGCUGAUUCAACCCAUAAAGGACAAAUACUCUGGUGUCACUUAUGCAGACUUAUUCCAGUUGGCCAGUGCUACUGCUAUUGAGGAAGCUGGCGGCCCCAAAUUACCCAUGAAGUAUGGAAGGGUGGAUGUCUCUGGACCUGACCAGUGCCCUGAAGAAGGAAGGCUUCCUGAUGCUGGCCCUCCCUCACCUGCUGAACAUUUGCGAAAUGUAUUCUACAGAAUGGGAUUAAAUGAUAAGGAAAUAGUUGCGUUAUCUGGUGCACAUACACUGGGAAGGUCUAGACCUGAACGCAGUGGUUGGGGAAAACCAGAAACAAAGUAUACGAAAGAUGGACCCGGAGCUCCUGGAGGGCAGUCCUGGACAGUGAAAUGGUUGAAAUUUGAUAAUUCCUACUUCAAGGAUAUUAAAGAAAAAAAGGAUGAAGAGCUUCUUGUGUUGCCUACUGAUGCUGUCCUUUUUGAUGAUCCUUCAUUCAAGGUAUAUGCUGAGAAAUAUGCUGAGGAUCAAGAAGCUUUUUUCAACGAUUAUGCUGAAGCCCAUGUCAAACUCAGCAACCUUGGUGCCAAAUUUGAUCCUACUGAGGGUAUCGUGAUAGAUGAUAGUCCCGCAAAACCUGCGCCAGAGAAGUUUGUUGCUGCCAAGUAUUCUUCUGGGAAGGAUUAAAAAAACAAGUAUCUUGUUAUCUUUUGCUGUAUCUAUAAAUAAUACAAGAAGCUUUAUUUCAAAUCAUCCUGAUCUCACAACUAAAUCUUGGAAGUCUAAAUGAAGGAGAAAGAAUAAAAUUCAAUUAGUGUUGCCUAUUUGAAUUGCAGAGAGAGCUAUCAGACACAAUGAAGCAGAAGAUUCGGGCAGAGUAUGAAGCAGUUGGUGGAAGCCCAGAUAAGCCUUUACAGUCAAACUAUUUUCUAAAUAUCAUGAUUGUGAUUGCUGUUUUAGCAUUUGUUACAUCUCUUGU